CGCGUCAUAACGGAGAGAGCAGCGGUGACGAACGGAAGGUCGGGUGCAUGAUUUUUCAUUCAAAAAUUUCACCCAUUACGUCACACUGACACGGGUCAUUGCGCACUUGUUUACAUCACGAAUUGCCCAAGAUGACCUAAAUGCCUUUCCACAAUGCAAAUUGUUCUUUUUAUUGUCGAUAAUUCCGCAUCGAUGGGCCAACGAUGUUAUCUUGGGACGAGGUUAUUGGAUGUCGCGAAAGGUGCCGUCGAGACUUUUAUCAAGAUGAGGUCACGUGAUCCUGCAAGUCGAAAUGACAGGUAUAUGCUGGUUACAUUGGAUGAAAUAAUGUUUUCGAUCAAAGCAGGGUGGAAGGAAACUCAUGCUCAACUCAUUGAUAGACUGAAGUCAUUACAAGCAGAAGGUCUGACUACUUUAGGUCAAGCAUUACGAACGUCAUUUGAUCUUCUUAGUGUAAAUCGUCUAGUGUCUGGUAUUGACACAUAUGGACAGGGAAGAAGUCCAUUUUUCUUAGAGCCAGCUAUGAUAAUAGCUAUUACAGAUGGUGGAAAAUUGAGCAAUAAAAAUGGAGUACAAGCAGAGCUUCAUCUCCCUAUGAAUGAUCCUCUACCUGGUAGUGAACUUACUAAAGAACCAUUUCGAUGGGAUCAACGUUUGUUUUCAUUGGUUUUACGCCUUCCUGCAACUACCACUCAAGAACCUGAACAACUCGGAAGUGUUCCCAGUGAUCGUUCACCUAUCAGUCUUAUGUGUGAGGUGACAGGUGGACGAUCAUAUUCGGUCACAUCACAGAAAACUCUCAUGCAGUGCUUAGACUCUCUUGUACAAAAAGUGCAAGGUGGAGUAGUUGUACAUUUCGAGUGCAUUGAUCCUGAGAAACGAUUACUCAAUGAGGUUCGACAACCAAAUGGCCUCAUACCUGGAAAGGCCAAUGGUGGUACAAAUAGCAGAUCAGUAUCUCCGAAUCCACUGUCAGAUCCAUCUGGUAACAACACAGGCUGGGCAUCUUUACAUAGAAUGAUUUAUGUCAGACCAAGUCCCAAAAGUGGUAUUCCGAUUGGCCAUUGGCCCCUUCCUGAAGCAUUCUGGCCAGAUCCGAAUGCUCCAUCAUUGAUACCCAGGACUGCCCAUCCUAUUUUACGGUUUUCAUCUUGUGAGACAGAGCCAUUACUGGUUACUAAUUUUCCAUAUGACAAAUACGAAUUGGAACCAUCACCACUCACACAAGUUCUUCUGGAAAAAAAGAAUCCAAACACUUGCUGGCAGGUGUAUGUAGACAACAGUGGAAAAUAUAGCGAUAAUUCUCCUCCACCCUGUGGUUAUCUCAAAGCAAGUUCAAAUUUAUCUUGUGUCAACUUAUUUGUAAUGCCAUAUAAUUAUCCGGUUCUUCUCCCUUUGAUAAAUAAGUUGAUAAAAAACAAGAUGAAAAUGAUUCCGAGCUUGAGAGUGGAACUUGAAGAUUACCUAAAAAUGUUACCAAGUUAUUAUAUUGGUGCUGUAAGAAAAGCAAUGCGGCAACUUGGAGUUCCAAAUCUUGUUCCAGAUUCUCUUGAAGUUGGUCUUAGUCAUUCUGUACUUUCAUAUUUCAAAAAAUUGAAGCAACAGGCUAAGGCAAGUGCUGAUAGAAUUAUGAAUUCGGUGGGUCAUAUACCUCCUUACGUCAACAAAGGAAUCAGCAUUUCUGGUCGAUACAACACACUUUCUGUGACACAACUUCCCAAUUUUAAUCAAAUUCUCGCUUCUGUAACUGAAAACGCAUCCUUGAUGCCAAAGGUUGACUUGAAUGAAUUUCCCAAUUUUCACAUCGGGGUAAAUUCGGGGGAUGGUAUGAAAGGAAGGCGGAUGUAUCAUAAUGCUUUUGAUGUUCCAAGAUCUCAACUUUUGAAUCAAGUUCGGAAAAUGAAAGUGAAUUUCCACAGAGUUUUAUCAUCAAAUCAGUUAACAAGAAUAAGACUUCAAGACAAAGCUGAAUUGCACAAUCAACCAAUUUCAACAAUGGGAAACUACCAAGAAUAUUUGAAGAAAUUUCCCCAACCACUUAGGGAACUUGAUCCAGACACACCUAAACGACUUCACACAUUUGGAAAUCCAUUCAAACUGGCAAAAGAAAAGGGCAUGAUGAUUGAUGAAACAGAAGAUUAUGAUGCACCAUCAUCUGGUAAUAAAUCAGGUAGAUCAGGCGAUGCCGGAAAAAGAAACAGGAGAAAGCGAUCAGCUAGUCCAAUGCGACCCGGUACACCACCUGUGUUUAAGAAGAGUCAUUUAUCCACACCUGGUUUCGUCAACAAUCAAACCAACCCUGCUGCUGUGGUUACCAACCAUCAGACUACUGAUAAUCAUAAUUCUUUACCUCAUGCUUUUUUAAAUGGAGAAACUCGUCCUCCCAAUGGUGCUUUAGAACUGACUGAACCAUCUGCAAUUAAAACGACUCCUUCUGAUAUUGCAGCCAAGCUGCAAGCAUUGAAAUCUAAUUUAAAGCAUAAUAUGUCGGAAAUGAUAGAACUGGAGCCAAAAUUGAAGCAUUCAGACUUACUCAAUGGUAAAGGAUCUGAUAAUAUGUCACUAAGUGAUUCAAUGGGUUUAACAAAUGACAGUGUAUGGAAAACUAUGCAUAGAAAACACAAACAGAAAAAACCCAAAUCUAAUAAAGCAACUGCAGAAAUUGAAAACGCAAACUCUAGCAUCAAGGAUACAGUAAUUAAAUUUGUCAGAAAACCAGGAAAAAAUGACAUCAAUAUUUUCAACGAGCUUCAAAAAUUAAAAGGUCCUAAGUCAAGUUGGCAUCCAGUGUUGUGUUCUGUGAUCAAAGAAGCACAUCGUUUUAAAAAAGAUAACUUAAUUCAGCACUUGAAAAAAUUUGAAGAAACAUUAGAGAAACAUUUGGCUUCAUCACCGCAACCGCACAAAGUUGAUAGAUGACAGAAUAAAAAUUAUGAUGUGGAGCACAAUAAAGACAAAGGAUGAUGGUGAUCAUUUCAUGUGAUAUUGGCGGAUGCUGAAGUGACAGAAUUGCUGACUUUAUGAAGUAUCAGUGUUUGCUGGAAGGUUGAGGCGCUGAGAAAUAAAAGUAAACACCUGUUGAAUUGACCUGUUCUGUGGUGCUUUCAUCUCAGUUUAAAAUUCUUCUAAUGUUCAGUUUCAAUAAGAUGAAAACAUUUUAUAUUGUUCCAGAUCAUAGGUGUUGUUGCAAUUCUAACUAUCCUCUGAUAAUAAUGGAUUAUCCUUUAUCCUCUUUAGAUAUACAAUACUGAUAUUUCCUGAUCUUCAGUUUGAUCAUAUUUGGUCUUUCUUAUAUUAACACAAUUUUUUCAAUUUGUCUUUGUAUUCUUCUGCAGGAUUUUUGUUUCUAAGUGAAUUUUUUUAUAUGUCCAAUUUAAGUUUCCACACACCAAGCUGACUGUUGUUAUCAUGUGAUAUUGCUCUGUUUUGAGCUGUUUGUUCCAAAAUGUGAGAAAUGCACCAGUGGU